AUGCCUGGUUCUCAUAAUGAUAUCAAUGUCCUUCACCGGUCUCCACUAUUUGAAAACCUGGCAGAAGGUAAAGCUCCCGCAGUGAACUAUACAAUUAAUGGUCAUGAAUACAACAUGGGUUAUUUUCUUGCCGAUGGUAUAUACCCUUCAUGGGCUACUUUAGUCAAGACCAUCUCUGCUCCAAUGGGGAACAAGCGGAAAUAUUUUGCCACUGCACAAGAAGCUGCGAGGAAGGAUGUAGAAAGGUUUUUUGGGGUUUUGCAGGCUAGGUUUCCCAUUGUUCGACAACCAGCCCGCGUUUGGGACACAGAGACACUUGCAUUGAUCAUGAGGGCUUGUGUCAUCAUGUACAAUAUGAUUGUUGAAGAUGAAAGAGUUCUCGACCCUGAUGAGCGGUUCGAUGGUGGUGGUGCAAAUGUGCAACCUCGUCAUGGCAUGCCUACUCGCACAUUAUCCGAAUUUAUUGAAGCGCAUAAGAAAAUCCGAGACAAGUCAACUCACUUCCAGUUGAAAGAAGACCUCAUUGAGCACCUAUGGAACCAUCAUCCUGAUUUGUAUUAUAUGGAAGCACCAUGA